ACAGCGGAAUAAACUACCAGAGCAAUCAAUAGAGCAUUGUUGAGGACCACAGCUGGAGCGUGGACAUAAACAGGAGCAAAAUAAACAUCUUCUGCAACUUUUUUCCCCCAGGACAUCCUGGGGGUUUUGUCUGUUGACAGCCUGGCGGUUCGGUUAAAAAUAACUUUGUCAUCGCCCCGCUAUGAGGUCAGUUUGCUGCCCGCCUUCAAGCUGAGGUCUCUCUGGAAGCAAACAAGCAGGCAGGUGGAGAGCUGAGGCUGUACUUUGUGAAGCACAAAAGUGCAGUGAAUGCCUGCGAGGCGCUGAAGGAUGGGAGUCUAUUACCUCGCACACAACACACACCAUUGUUCCUCUCGCUCUUGAGUACUGGGAAGACAGGGUGUGAAUAGGACGGGGGUGUGUUGGAUUUCUCCAGAGAGGAUGGAGGGCUUUCUGUUUCCUGUUUUGCAGAAAAGCGCUUCCUGUUCGGAGAAUGAGGCCAGAGGUUUAGGUGAGCUCUAAACAUGCCUGUCCCGCCUCCACCGCCGCCGCCUCCACUUGCGCCCCCUCCACCGUCACCCCCUUCCAGUGCUCCACUUCUACACUGUCCAGUGGAGUCUUCUAAGUCGCAGUCUGGUGGUGGCAGGAAUGCUCUGCUAGCUGACAUCCAGAAGGGAACCAGGCUCAGGAAAGUCACACAGGUCAAUGACCGAAGUGCUCCUGUCGUGGAUAAGCCCAAGACGACAUGUGCAGAUGUGUCCAGCAGUGUUGGAACCUCUCAGGCUCUAUGUGGAGGCAUGGCACCCAUGGGGCCAUCCUUAGGUGGGCUCUUUGCUGGGGGGUUUCCCACGCUCAGGCCUACGGGCCAACGUGACAAGACCCCAGUGUCCCGCUCGAGCUCAACAGCCUCUCUCAAGCCGCUGUGGAACACCCCCGUUUUGGUGGACCGUCCGCUCGCCGCCUCCUCUUCGGCCCCACCCUCCCCAACUCAUUCUAGCAAGCACCUGGCCCCGCUACUCACUGCCCCACCCCCUGCACCGCCCUCUGCUCCUCCACCUCCACCUCCACCCCCAGCCUUCCAGGACCGCCCGAUCAACAAGCCCCCACCCCUUCCCUCUUGCCCUCCUCCUCCACCCCCAUCUCAGGUCAUGAAGCCCACCUGGCUUCCCAUCCAGCACCACCAACACACCGCCAACCACCAGCCGCCGACUCCUCCACUGCCUCCACCUUACAACCCCCCUUCUCUCCCAGGGGACCGCUCCUCAGGGUGCUUCUACCCUCUACCGCCCUCCCCAGUUCACUCUGAGUCUGCCAGGUUCCCCAUUGUGCGUGACUACAGCUCAUUCGGACCUCCACCGCCUCCUCCACCUCUUCCGACUUCGUACACCCCCAGCUGCCCAGCCACCCUACCGCCACCCCCACCCAAGAUCCCCGCUAUCCCCUCACCAGCAUUGCGCUUUCUGCCACCAUCCUACCCCUGCAACGCUCCAACUCGACGGCCACCUGCCGUGCCCAGAAGUGCAGGUGCCAGCCGCCUGGCUCCUCCUCCGGCUCCUCCAGCACGCUCCCCGUCCACUGAGCUGUCCAGCCGCAUUCCUCCCCCUCCUCCACCGCCUCCUCCUCUGGCCCCAUCCAAUGUCAGGAAUGGACACCUGCACAGUCUGGAUGAUUUUGAGUCCAAGUUCCAGUUCCACCCCGUAGAAGAUUUACCUCCACCGGAUGAAUUCAAGCCUUUCCCUCGCAUUUACCCGAGCAAAGAAAACAGAGUAAACCCCGCCCCCCAUGGGAUCAGGUCACACCUCAGAUAGGUUUCAUCACCCACACAAUUCCUGGAUACAAAGGUUAGGAAGCCCAUGACAAUUACACAAAAAGCCAGGGGGACUUUCAGUUUGGAUGCAGGCGCCUUGUAUGACAGUAUGUGACCUCUGACCUUUCCUAGAGUGGAAUGUUUUGAAUGUGUGUGAGAGGAGGGCUCUCCCUUCUCAUCCUCAGACAGUGUCUGGUGACAGAGUGACUAUUUUUGAUACGUUCGAGCAUUUCAUUAUUAUACAUAUAUAUAAAAAAUCAUAGUUUCAUCUUUCUUACUUUUCAACCGUAAGUCUUCCAGAUAUGGGAAUUUGUGGUCAACAGCCAAAGUGUUGUUUGUCAGGCUUUUAUAGCAAAUACGCUUUUUAAAAUGAGUGUUCAAGAUUGUCAUACACGCAUCUGAUGUGAAGAUGAAUAGAAACUACAAAUAUUUUCAUUGUGGAGGAGUACAUAAGUGCACUUUGGAAAAAUUGUACAAUUUCUUUGCUCCUAAUGUACUCCUAACUACAAGUUCCUGUGGCAACAGCGCCCUCUGUUGGCCAACUGUGGGAUUGUAAUGCUUUUCUGGUCACUUUAAUGAUCACAUUGAUUCAAAAAGAUAAUACACAUGUGACCUAAACAACAACUUUGCCUGACAGAAAUUGAAAUAUGACUUUCAACAACAGGUAUUGAUUUGAAUAUGUCAUAAUGGACCAGGUCCCCAGGGGAGAACCACAAUGUGACGUUCACGAGGACCAAUCAGAGCAAUUUAUAAUGUUCUUCUGAAAACUCUUUCCACGUAAGACUACAUCACCAAACUGUAACUCCAUCCAUCUUCACAUACCUCAAGUGUCACUCACCACACAGAUGACCUGAGAGAGUCCUUGAAUGCACCACAGCGGUGCACAGUGAACAUGAAUGAGCACAUCUUUACAGUUCAUCGUGUUUGUAAGUAAACUCUCUGGAGGAUAUGAAGCCGUCUUUGUUCUCGUCUUCUUUGGCGAAAAUGUCCGCCACCAUGUUCUCGUGUGCUGUGUCAUUGGGAGGGUAGCCAUGACGCUCAAACUCCUUCCUCAGGUAUUCUUUUACCUGCCAGGACAAUAGCCUUUGGUCAGCCUUUAGUUCUUCAUUAAUCCUCAAUAACCACUCUAAAUGUACAGCAAGUUGCCCAGUAACCACUCAUUAGUUCCUCAAUAAUAACUCGUAAUUUAUGCGUCUUAUUCAUUAGUUCAUCUUUAGUUCUUCAUUAGUUCCUCAAUAACUACUCUGAAUGUAUGUGCCUUAAUCAUUAGUUCCUCUUUAGUUCCUCAAUAACUACUCUAAAUGUACAACAUGUGCCUUAGUUGCGCAGUAACUACUCCACUCAUUAGUUCCUCAAUAAUGACUCUUAAUGUAUGUGCCUUAUUCAUUAGUUUAUCUUUAGGUCUUCAUUAGUUCCUCAAUAACUACUCUGAAUGUAUGUGCCUUAAUCAUUAGUUAUUCAGUAACCACUCUAAAUUAAUGUGCCUUAUUAGUUCCUCUGUAACUACUCAUUAGUUAUUCAUUAGUUCCUCUAUAACUACUCUAAAUGUAUGUGUCUUAGUCAUUAAUUUCCCAUUAGUUCCUCUUUAACUACUCUAAAUGCAUGUGCCUUAGUUCCUCAGUAACUGCUCGUUAGCUCCUCAAUAACUACUCUAAAUGCAUGUGCCUUAGUCAUUAGUUCCUCGUUAGUUCCACAGUAACUACUCAAAAUUGAUGUGUCUUAGUUCCUCAGUAACUACUCUCCUGAUUAGUUCCUCAGUAAAUAAAUAGUAAAUACUGUGUUUUGCUGUCAAGGCUGGACUUCGAGUUGUCUAAAUUGUCUAAAACAAGACGCUAACAAAACACUACAAGACGUUUAAAAAAUGUUCAAAUCCUUCACCUCAUCCUUGGAAAGCUUCCAGUCGUCAUUGAGGUCCAUCUCCUGAAAGGACUCAUGCGACCUUGGCCCGUUUCUGAUCUCCAGUACCUCGAUGAUGAAGGUCAAAGUGCUUUCGGGAGGGAUUUUACCUGACCAGGUCAGAAAGCAACGGCUAAACCAGAAUGUCUUUGCUUCACUUGAGGAGAAUUGAGUGUUAGUCAUAUUAUUAUUAUUUUAUAUUGUGAAUGUUAGGCAUAAAAGAUAAUUGUUGAACGCUCUUACCAGGAAAAAAGCUUAGUAGUAGUGUUCACAUGCUCCACGGUAAGAAAGAAAUCAGCCCUAAACAAGCAUUCAACAACAGAAAUGUACAUGCAAGACAGAAAAGUAAGUGCAAAAGUAAGAUGCCUGCAUUUGCAUAUGGAAGGAGGAGCAGUACCUUUCCCUUCUUUGCCAUAAGCCAGGGCAGGAGGUAUAAUGAGUUUCCGCUUCUCUCCAGCACACAUGUUCUGCAGACCUUUAUCCCAGCCUUUGAUGGCCUCCCUGAUGCCCAACGUGAACCACACCGCCUGUUUGUCACCCUCAGCACGGCUGGUGGACACACAAAGGCAAUUUCUUUAAUUUGAUGUAUAUAUAUGUAUGCAUGCAACUUAGUAGUCGGUUACUGAAAGGUUUGGCAUACUUGUUUUGCAAAAUGUUACAAACAGCUGGACAACCACAAUAAUAAUGUAAUCAUACCAGACUACACCAAGUAAUUUUAUACCGGUAAUGUGACCUUGGGAUGAAUAAUGUGGAUGAUUAAAU